CAAGCACUUGCAGACGGCUUGCGGGAUGUCACAGUUCGGAUAUUUUGACAGAUCCCAUAUUAAUUGGAAAAUUUGGUGGCUUGCUGAAUGAAGCUGACAGUUUUUGUUCAUUAUGGUGAUUGUAAUAACACAUGCAUUGGCCUCUGCAUAUUUGUUCAGUAAGGAUCCUGAUAAAUUUCUGAGGAACAAAAGUCAAGAAUCGGAGACCUGUAAACCAGAUGCUCAAGCAGUUCCCUCCGAAGGCAUUGGCAAUGUUUACAUACAGGAAGCAUUCCUCCCCUUGCUGGAAGCCAAAACAGUAGCAGAACUUAGAACAGCAAUAAGAAAAGCCCUGACAUACAUUCUCCCUCAAGUGACAAAAGCAAAUGUAUACUUGCGGAGUCCUGAGACAGCUCGAGUAGAAACUGAUGGUAGAAAAUCUCUUCCAGCAAAAGGACUUGCAUGGAAAGCAUACCAGCAGCGGCAACAAAUCGUCCAGCCCAUUUCCUCACCACAAGACCCUGUGAUCACUGCACUAGCCCUUGAUGAAGACAUUCAACAGAGCCAGCUCGUGUUAUGUCUACCAAUUCAAGAUAGAGAAGACAAUGAAAAUAUAGGUUUAAUUGUGGCAUCCCUACCACCUGGUAAAACUUCCUGUUCAGCAACUGAAGAAGGAAACCUCACAUAUCUAGCAAAACAGGUAUCUGUUUGUUAUCAUCUUACCAAAAACUCUGUGACACGGAGAAGGAGCAUUUGUGCAGAUGACACCCACUUUGAAGCCCUCAUCAAUUUGUGUGGAGAACUAUAUGACCAUGACGCAGCAUCACUUCAACUCAAAGUCAUUAAAUAUUUGGAGCAACGAACACAGGCACAGACAGCAUUUUUACUGCUUGUUGUCAAAGAAACAAAUGAACUUUUCUGUCAGGUAGUUGGAACUAAAAUAUUACAAGAAGAAGUUCGCUUUCCAGGAGAAACCAGCAGUUUUGCUGUUGCUCUGCAAACCAAGCAGCCAAUAUGCCUGGAGGAUAUUCCACAGGACCGCCGGGCAGGUUUGGAAGAUCACAUAGGUUUGAAACUGGAAUCCUUUCUGUGUGUGCCAGUCAGGAGGAAAAGCAGUGAUGACUUGAUUGCCCUAGCAUGUGUUGCCAACAAAAAAGGAACAAUUGGGUUCACUAGUGAAGAUGUUUAUGCAAUCCACCAAUGUUUUCAAUACACCGCCACUGUUCUCACCAGCACACUGGCAUUUCAAAAUGAAAGGAAGCUCAAGAUUCAAACUCAAGCACUUUUACAUGUUGCCAAAAAUCUAUUCACCCGCCUAGGUGAGUUUGUUUUUGCACUUGGCAAGCAUUUUUGUGCAUUUAACAAAGUAUCUACCUCUUUUAGUGACUGUCUCUAUAGCACUGCAGUGACAAUGAGUGAACAAUAUCAUGAGAGUUUUAACAAUUCCUCCCUGCUUGCUUAUACCUCCAUGGACACUAACAUAAUUAAGCAGCUUCAACAGCAAGAAAAGCUUGCAAAUGCACUCACUAACAGUAGCAAUAAUAGGUCACCUGAAAAAGCAGGGAAAUUAGACCACAAAUUUCACCCGAAGCUGAAAUCUCCAAAUGUUAAAGUAUCAAAAGAUGAACCUGGAAAGAAAGCUGCUUCAGUCUCUCCCUACAAGAGAAAACCAAAGGCUUCAGCUGAAUCUGAUCCACCUAUGCCUACCAAGGACCAGGCAGCAAGCGGCGACUUCUUCAACAGCAGUGAUGAGGACUUGGACUUGCACCAAGUAUCACCAAUGAGUGGCACUGAGAAGUACUUCAGCCCCGUCUUCACUGAUGUGAGCUGUGAUGAAUACCUGUCUGUUGGACUCUCAGAGGACAUUGAUGGACAGUCAUCAUCAUCCGGAAUUAUGGCAGAUGAAGAUGAUGAUGACAUGACUUGCAAACAGAGGUUCUUUGAUAUAUGGGUUGAAGCUACUUUGAAGCUGAAGACAAGUAGAUCAGAUUCAUGUAUUAUCUCAGAAAAUAUAUCCAGCCAGUUGCCAGAUAUUGUGAAAACUGUAGAUUCUGACAGAGGUGGAAGCCAGGUUCACAUCUCUGUAAGUGAACCUACUUUAGCCAAGACUGGAAGUCAAGGUAAUACAAGCUUCACCAUCUUAGGCAGCAGCUCCAAUUUCUUGAACACUGCAUUCAUCGAUGAAGACUUCUCCAGCAUGGAACAGUUCAACAGUGAGCUUGCCCUCACCCUGAACAUGGAUGAUAGACAACUGUCUGAGCAAACAGUGAUUGUAGAGGACACUGAAACCCAGGUAAAGCAUAUCAUCUCCACCAAACAUGUGCCCUACAUCCGCUCCUUCAGUGAGAUCCCCACCAAUACCACAAGCUGGCUCCGGCACCAGCAGGAGUUGUGGACACCAAGCACUUAUGUCAUGUCACAGAUACAGGUGCCUAUUGCUAGGGGCAAUCUCUUACAGAAAAAUGACCUUACAAAACUACUCAGAGAAAUUAUGCAAGAAGCAAGAAAUCUCACACAUGCAGAAAGGUGUUCUGUGUUCCUCAUUGAUCCUGAAACAGACGAGCUAGUUGCCAAGGUGUUUGAUGGGAUAAGUGCAAAUGACAAAGAGGUACAGCAGGAAAUUAGAAUGCCGAAGACACAAGGGAUAGCAGGACAUGUUGCUACAACUGGUAACCUGCUUAACAUCCCGGAUGCAUACUCCCAUCCAUUGUUCUACAGAGGCAUCGAUGAUUCAACAGGGUUCAAGACCAGGAACAUCCUCUGUUUCCCCAUAAAAGAUGAAGAGGAAGAAGUUCUUGGUGUGGCUCAGCUUUGCAACAAGAAGACUGGUCCCUACUUCACUGUGUUUGAUGAAGAUAUUGCAUCAGCCUUUGCUGUGUAUUGUUGUAUUAGCAUCAGCCAUUCUCUGAUGUACAAUAAAGUGAUUGAUGCUCAAUACCGAAACAGUCUCGCAAACGAGCUGAUGAUGUUUCACAUGAAGGUGACAACUGAUGAAGUUCGAGAUCUCAUCAGCUCCGACAUGCUGUCAGUCCAUGUCAUCAGUCCCAUCUUUGACAAAUUCUGCUAUGCUCCCCGGACAAUUCCAGAGGCAGACACCCCUGUGGCUUGCUUGAGCAUGUUUGAAGAUCUUGGUUUGAUUGCCAAGUUUAGAAUAAGAAAAGACACAUUGGCAAGGUUUGUACUGAUGGUGAAGAGAGGAUACAGGAAUCCACCAUACCAUAACUGGAUGCAUGCAUAUGCUGUAGCCCAUUUCUGUUACCUUCUGGUCAAGAAUCUGCACUUGGAGAAACAUUUAAAAGAGAUCGAAGUGUUUGCUUUAUUUGUGGCCUGCCUCUGUCAUGAUAUUGAUCACCGAGGAACAACCAACUCAUUCCAGGUGCAGUCAGAAUCUGUGUUGGCAGCUUUGUACAGCUCUGAAGGAUCCGUCAUGGAGCGUCACCAUUUUGCGCAGAGUAUGUGUAUUGUGAACACAGAGGGAUGCAACAUCUUCGAACACCUCUCAAGUUCAGACUACCAACAUGUGCUGGACUUGAUGCGAGACAUCAUCUUGGCUACAGAUCUUGCACAUCAUCUCAGAAUACUUGGUGAUCUGGGAAUAAUGGCUGAGAAAGGCUAUGAUAGUACCAAACCAAAUCAGAGGAACAUGCUCCUGUGCCUGCUGAUGACCUCAUGUGACCUCUCUGAUCAGACAAAGGACUGGAACAACACCAAACACAUAGCUGCCCAAGUGUACCAGGAGUUCUUCUCCCAAGGGGAUUUAGAGAAGGCAGUUGGGAAAGACCCAAUAGAAAUGAUGGACAGAGAAAAGGCCUGUAUCCCAGACCUGCAGAUCAACUUCCUUGAUGGCAUUGCAUUGCCAGUAUACAGGAUCCUGGAGAAACUUUUCCCCGAGUGUAAGGAAGUUAAUGAUGCUGUGGAGAAGAAUAAACUGAAAUGGGUUCGUAUUGGCCAGCUCCUGAAGAUGCGCCGGGGAACCAGCACCCAGGGUUUGAGCAUGGAGCAGAUCCUCACUCUGGAGGAUGAUGAUGAAGAGGCACAAGAGCAGCAUAAUGGCAGAUAGAUCUCAAGCCUCAUUCAUAUCCAGUUCAUUUUUCAACAUUAUGUUAUGAAGAAAGACCUCUUUCCUCUUCAUGAAUGUUGUCCUACAGCAGUAAUUGGGCAGUCUGUGUAGGUGUGCAGACGAUGUGGAAGGAUGGAAGUGCUGUGUGUAUGUGUGAUCAGGCAUCUGAUGCUAACAAUCCAUGGGUGAUACUGUGAAGAUAUAUGCUUCCAGCUGAUAUUAAUUAGUGCUAUUCAUAUCCUGCCUGUUUGGGUGUGGCUAUUGUCAGAGAAGAGGAAGGAGGGUCCUGAUGUGUCUCUAAGAUACUUUGAUUGAUGGUACAUCUUAAUUUGCAAUUAUUGAAAAUUUACUAUUUUUACAAUAAUCUGAAAAAUGUAUGCAGACAACAAUUUGAUGUUUCAUUGACAGGGCUUCAAUUAUUUUGGGGGUGUUGAACCAGGUUAAAAAACAACAAAUAUAAUAAUAAGCAUCAUAGAGACACAAGUCCUACUAUUAACUUCUAGCGCAUUUUUUCUUUCGCAACUGUGCCUUGCUGUGCAGGAACUUUCUUGCAUGUUAUCCCAGACUGUUCUCAUCAGGGCAAGAGAUGUGAUCUCCGUAAAAGACUGUCACUAGCCACACUGCCAGACACACUGUGUUGGUUGUACAAUGUCCACCUGACUGGGAGAUCCAUGCAGUGUUAUAUGUGGUAGGAACCUUUUUUUUCUGGUGCUUCAAUAGUUCACUAACUUGUGAAAUAGAAAGCCUCUAUAAAUGAAAGGGAUGAACUCUUUUCAGUAGAGUGAUGAUGUAUUCAUUAAGUUCGUGAAGACAUAGCAUGAAGCAGCUUUCAGGUGAUAUUCCUUGGAUAUCAUGUAACAUGUUCUACUUCGCCGCGACAUUGUCAGAUUGCCCUUGAAAUGUUUUGUCAUUUAUUCUCACUGUACAAGCACUUUGAAAUAUUUUCUAAAGCUUUCAUGAAUAUCAUUUUGAGGACAUUCCCACUAAAAACCUGUAUACAAAGACUCUGUCUGCAACAAUGAAAACAUUUGUAAUCAAUUGUAUCUGAUUGCAACAGAUAAAAAAAACCUAAUUGACUCAUGUUUGACUUCAAGGAUAUUUAAGAUACAUAUUCCAGCUGAUGUGUCACUGUGAUACCUUGACUGUUACGAUAUUGAUGGCCUGUGCUAAAUCCAGGCAUUAUCUUGGUGCUUAGAGUUAUCUCCCUUAUAACAGCAGUUGUUCUCUUGUCCUCAACAUAGAAUGAUGGAAGUCUGUGAAAGUGAAAACAGGCAACAUGUCUGUUGGUAAAGACUUCAUGAUAUAAGUUGGAGUUGUUUGCUUCAACAAGACUAUUUUGUUAUUGAUGGUGUUAUUUCUUACAAUUUAAAGUUUCUUAGCAUUGUUUAGAGUUGUGUUUGUUUUUGACAUCAAGUAUCUUUUUCUCACUGCAUUUCAGCUGAAUGUUACAUCACAAACCAUUUGGUUAGUCAGUAUUGUAGAGAUGCAUAUAUGCCUAUGCUGAUACAGUGUGUUUAAGCUGGCAGUGUCACUCAUGCUCACGUCAAGCAAGCUACCCAUAUCAGUAUCGUGUAAGACAUCAACAUUCAAAUAGUGAAAGUGUCAGAUCGUUAAUGGUUCGUGAUAUUUCUUGUGAACUAGUAAUCUAUUUUCAAGGAUAUUGGUGAAAGACACUGAUCUGAGGUGUUUUUUAUUUGGCUUGUUGAUAUACAAAACUUUCAUGUAGUUUGCGAUGCAACAUGAACAAGGUACAUGUCAUGAACUUGUUCUGCUAUUUACGAAGAUUGUUGUACAAAUGUAGAUAUUUAGACCAGGAUGCAUUGUUAGGGUAAACUUUUAACCAUGCAAGCAACUGCAGAAUGUGUGUUUGCCUGUCUUUGCCAAUGAGAUAUUGAUAUUUUAGACAAAUCAAAGAUAUUCUUGUAUAACAAGUCAGAAUACUCGUAGGUGUCAAUGUUCAUCAUCAGCAUCUGAUUAGUAUGUUUUAGUCAGUUAUGAAACCAAGUGGUUUCACCAAUAUAUAUUUUACAUAUCAAUUACUUGCUUGAUGAAAUUGACAGUGAAUUGUGAUUCUGUGUUAGAUAGCUAUUCUAGAUUCUAUACAUGAUUGCUCCAUUUUAGACUAUCCCUCAUUGUUAAGGCCUAGAUAAUUAAUUUUUCACUGUGUCUAAGGUUUAGCAGUUGCUAUUAUGACUUCAUUUACUAUUUCUAUAAGCACACCAUUAUUUGUCAGUUCUUCUCACUUCCAACAUUGUUAUUACAUGUUUGUCUAAAAGAAUGUAAAUGAUCUUUUCAUAAAUAACCAGACUUAAAAAUACUGGUCAUGCUGUAGCCACUCAUACAGAAUAUGAAAUAAAUAUAAAACAACUUCAAUAUUUCAAAAUUUGAAAAAUCCUUUUGUUGGUUUGCGGUCAUACAAAUAACUUGAUUCAAACAUAAAUAUAGAUAUCCAUGUUAUGCUUAACAAAACGGGUUUAGUGACAAGAAUCUCCUCCAUCAUUGUAUUGAGUGAUUGGCACAAUGAUGUGUCAACAAGAUUUACAAUGCUGUUGUCUCAGUGCUUUGGGAUCAUUUUGAUGUUUUAGAUUUAUACACUGCUGUCUGUUCACAUUGUCAUAAUUUCCUUUUUGUAUAUUUGUUACCUUUUAUUAUCUGUGAUACAGCUAUGUUUGACCCACAAGUCCAUUUGUUUGGAUGAUAUUUGGACAUUCAAUUAAAUUUUCAGGACAGGAAUAUUGGGUAGAUCUUUACAACCACGAUCACUAAGACAUAACCAACCAUGUUCUCUUUCAACAGUCUGAAGUCAAACACAAAGGACUGGUACUGAUUUGAUUUGUGAUAGACACUGAUAUUAUGUUAAUUUGUUAGAACUACAUCAUGUACAUAUUUACAAUAUUUGUAUAUCAUUAGCACAUUCACCGCUUCCAUCAAGUCAGUACCAUUUGUGUUAUGUGUUCAAAUGUUAUCAGAUGUAAUUCUUACAUGUACAAAAUAUUCAUGAUAUUAAUCAGCUGUGUGGUGCAUAAUUAUGAUGGCUAAAAUAUCUGUACCUUAUGCCUCAUGCAUAUGGAUGCAGCAGUAAACCCAAACCACUUCAAGCAGACACAGAUGUACCCCACAAUAACCACUUCAAGCAGACACAGAUGUAAUCCACAAUACCCACUUCACGCACACACAGAUGUAAUCCACAAUAACCACUUCAAGCACACACAUAUGUACCUAACAAUAACCACUUCUAGCACACACAGAUGUAAUCCACAAUAACCACUUCAAGCAGACACAGAUGUACCUCACAAUAACCACUUCAAGCACACACAGAUGUAAUCCACAAUAACCACUUCAAGCAGACACAGAUGUACCUCACAAUAACCACUUCAAGCACACACAGAUGUACCCCACAAUAACCACUUCAAGCAGACACAGAUGUAAUCCACAAUAACCACUUCAAGCAGACACAGAUGUACCCCACAAUAACCACUUCAAGCACACACAGAUGUAAUCCACAAUAACCACUUCAAGCACACACAUAUAUACCUAACAAUUACAACUUCUAGCACACACAGAUGUAAUCCACAAUAACCACUUCAAGCAGACACAGAUGUACCUCACAAUAACCACUUCAAGCACACACAGAUGUAAUCCACAAUACCCACUUCAAGCAGACACAGAUGUACAUCACAAUAACCACUUCAAGCACACACAGAUGUACCCCACAAUAACCACUCCUAGCAGACACAGAUGUACCCCACAAUAACCACUUCAAGCACACACAGAUGUACCCAACAAUAACCACUUCUAGCGCACACAGAUGUAAUCCACAAUAACCACUUCUAGCAGACACAGAUGUAAUCCACAAUAACCACUUCUAGCAGACACAGAUGUAAUCCACAAUAACCACUUCAAGCAGACACAGAUGUACCCCACAAUAACCACUUCUAGCACACACAGAUGUAAUCCACAAUAACCACUUCUAGCAGACACAGAUGUACCCCACAAUAACCACUUCAAGCACACACAGAUGUAAUCCACAAUAACCACUUCUAGCAGACACAGAUGUACCCCACCAUUACCACUUCUAGCAGACACAGAUGUAAUCCACAAUAACCACUUCUAACAGAUGCAGAUGUACCCCACAAUAACCACUUCUAGCAGACACAGAUGUAAUCCACAAUAACCACUUCAAGCAGACACAGAUGUUACCCACAAUAACCACUUCUAGCAGACACAGAUGUAAUCCACAAUAACCACUUCCAGUAGAUUGUUUCAGGGUUAAGUAUCAGAAACAAACAAGUUGUAAAAUGUUUCAAUCCCUUUCUCCUAAGAUUGAUUUUGUUUAUUUAUUUCCCCUUUCUUUUAGUUUUGCAUGAGCUGUUUGUGAGUUGGCCUGUUAACAUUUCUAGUGGAAUCAGGGUAACAAUGAAAUUUCAAUCAAGCUGAUCCGAAGGGUCAGUACACUGGAUUACACUAUUUAGAAGGGAAAAACCAGACUACAGGGUCAGCAUGCAAUUCAUUGCUGCAUCCUGUGGCAUUACUCUGCCAUACUAACUAGAUGCAAUAACAUAUGCAUGCAGAUAAUGAAACAGACACAUAAUAUCUUCUGUAAAAUGCUUAUGUCCAAUCAUAUUCAAAAGGUUUCAGUAAAGUGCAGUUGUGUUGAAAUUGUUUUCAAAAAGACAGAAGAGUCAGAUUCUCUUAGAAUAUGACCUACCGGUAAUUAACUUGAGACAGAGGGAGUUUCACAUUUUGUUUUGUUUUGUUUUGGUGCUCAGUCUUUAAAACCAGCAUGUGGAAAACAAGCUUCUACCUGUAUAAGAGUUGGACAAUAUGUGAAUGUACCUGCUGAAUACGGACAGUGCCUAAAACACAACCCACUCACUCACUCCUGCUGAAUCCUCCAGGGACAGAAUCCUAUUCUUCCCUUGCAACGAAAGAUGUUAAGUCUCUGUCGCAUCAUUCACAACCACAAGUCACACUUCAUUUGCUCUGGUUAGUAAGGACAACCAUGCUAUGUUCUAGCUAGAUGACACACUUCACUAAUAAUACAAACUAUGUAUCCCAUAUAAACAAGCACCUGUCCAGUGGCAUGGUCAUGCAGAGGAAUCUGUAAUGAAAUCUGUAACAAAAUUCAUUACACAUCGUUGUUAUCAGUUUGUAUACAGAUUCCUGUGAAGGACCCUUACUGAUUAUAAUCAUGAAUAUAGCUGUUGAAAGUCAUACCAUGAAGUAAUACCUGCAAUAUUAACAAUAUACAAUCAUAUGUCUCAUGUAUAUCAAACAAUACCUUUUUUCAAAUGGAAACUUUGUUACAAUCAUUACUCCAAUCACUGUUUUUAACAUGACAUGAUCAUUUGUGUUCAGUAAGCAUAUCCUUUAUUGUUUUCUCAGUUGUUGAGUUUUUUCUUUUAACCUCUAACUAAUUUUAGAAUAUUUUCUUUGUUCAGGUAAUCAUUACUCCAAAACGUUUCAUGUGUUUUCAUUGUACAAAUUUUCUGUCCAGACUAUAGUAAGCAAUGUGUAUUGGCUUACAGCCAUUCUUUACAUGGCUUGAUCGUUUUGUUUUCAGGGAUUGUUUUAGGAUUGGAAAAUAAAAUGCAAAACUCCCAGUUUCUUGUUUAGAUCUGUGCAGAUUGUAUAAUGAGAUGUCUUAAUAAUGUAGGCAUCAGUUGUUUUAACCUUGUUCUUUAAUAAACUUUUUGCUGAUAAGG